CUGCAAUAUCGCGACAAAGCAUCCUUGAUCGUUUGCACAUGAGACUGAAAUCUAAGAUUUGUUCGGUAUCACUCCCUCCGAGCGCAAUCGGGACUGCAUGAGGACAGCAGAAACGCGCUGCACUGAACUGACCUGUGCAGACCGGAAUUGUCGUGUCUCAGCGGCUUUGAGCAUGUCCGUCUGAUCAUGUUGAGGCGUGACAAAGACUGGCAACUCAGAUCUAUCACUUUCCGCUAUCGCAUCAUCGCCGCGUACUUGUUCGACCCAAUUUAGUUGUCGAUAUAUACGACUCCCGAUUCAAAAUCCUAAAGAUGGCAACUUCCCAAAAUGCUCAAAUGUCGGCACUUGAGUUGUCCGCCUUGGCCGGAGUUACUCCAGAGCAGUUAGCAAUUAUUGCUCGUGCUAUGCAGACUGGCGCCCUGCCUUUACCUCCGCUGGGGCAGAGCGGCAAUCAGACGCCUGCUUCCACAAACCCAAACACGACAAAGCCCGCAAUAGUGAAUGGUGCUGUUGCUUUUGAAGACGUGGAUCGCGAAGAGGGAGAAGUGGCUGAUGAAGUAGAGAGCCAUGAGAACAACCGGGGCCAUGAAUUUUUGCAUCCGCCACCUACAGGCCCACGUAACACAUCCAUGACACAGCGUUGCAAGACUGCCCGAGCAGAUGCAGUCAUACACACUACUCAUGAAUACCAAAAACCGGUCGCCGUGGUGCAUGCACAGCAGAAGACCGUUCCCAGCGACCACAGUUCUAGUCAUGGCGCAUUUGGUAAGCACGGAACAGCGGUACAAUCUAUGACGCCAAUAGAUCGAAAGCAGCGUUACGGACAAGCACAUCGUCAGCAUGCCUCGAAAAAUGCACAACGCCAGAGAAUAGGCGAGUUCCUUCAUGCCAUGUUCAAUGCAGGUUUCUCACACGAACAGCUUGCAAGUCAAGUCAGCAAUCCAGAUGCAUUGCGCCAGGUAACCGCCGCAUUCGGGUUUCAGCACUUUGCAUCGCCUCCAGCACAGAAAUCUCCCUCAUCUGUGGAUAGUAUUGGGGAGGUAACUAAUGGGCAUGAUAAGCCGUUAGCUAUGAAGCCCAACUCGGUGAAGAAAGCAGUUCAAACAAAACCCACUACAUUAGACCGCAGCGCAUAUCUCGCGAAAUUACAGGCCGCCAAGAACAAAAAGGCUGAUGCUGUAUCCAAAUCUUCUGUUAUCAAACCACCGAUCCAAUACAGCGAGGCUACAAAGGCUAUUCAACCAGCUGAGAGCGCAAAAGUGGGCGCUCCUCAAAGGUCCACUGUAGUAGCAGCCAAUAGUCCAAAGAGUUUGCCUGGCGCAAAGGCAGCCAGAGACGAAUUGCUGCGCCAGCGACUCGAAGCCAUUAGGGCUGCAAAGGCCACAACGCGGCCGAGUUUGCCAGCGUCGCUGCCCCAAAAGAUCGGCCCGUCUACCUAUUCUGCAGCACCAAACGCGGACGAAUAUGCUAGAUCAAUAAUAUCUGCAGUUAGCGACAUUGGCAAGGCUGCGGAGUAUAAUUUGCUGGCCCAAGAGCCGCUGCCCGACAACAUCGUGGUCCCGGCGUUCGGCAACUUACCUGCGGCGAAAGCACCUGCAAAAUUGAAUUCUCCUGCAUUCGGCACAGUCGUAUCGAAACCCACACCGUCGUCCACGAAACCGAGUCGCGACUCAAAUCCUGUCUAUCCGGUUUUCAGUGGUCUUCCCGGUCUAUUCCUCACCCAAGCUCAUCAGGUUCAAAAGUCUCCACAGGCUGAUGCUGGCAAUCAACAUGUUCCAAGGAACACAUCUCCGGCAGGAAACAGCAUCAUGAUACCUGCCGCAAACCACGGGCAGGAGCCAAGUGUUCCAGUUGUUGCACAGGUGCCAAAGGAGACCCUCCCUAACGAGUCUCCUUUGACGAUGCCUUCCCAAAAUGGAGCACAUCUCACAAAUCAAUCGCCUACUGCGCCCGUAGCUAUUCCAAGUGUCCAUUUCGGCAGUCGGAAUCCUGUCGAUGAGCCCAUGAUCAUACAAGUUAGCGAUGAUGAGGACGACGAUGAUAUUAUGGACAUUAGCAGCAGCGACCGUGAGCAGGACUCAUGGGAGCAGAAACGCGCUACAUAUUCCAUAGUUACUGCGCUGCCGGCCAAUCCUGCGCGCCCCAAUUUGCACAGAUCUAACACAUCCUCGUCUGCGGUCACAUCUACUCCAAACACUCCCAAAAAUGAUGCAUACAACAAGAAACUUCAGGAGCUAGAAGAAUUGAAGCGGCGUCUGGCAGAGAUAGAACUUCGGAAACAAGCCAAGAAUGUCAGCAAGCCGGAUGGUGCAUCGGUUGCGAUUGCACCAGCUUUGGACAAUACGAUCUGUUCCCCAGAUAAUGCGAACCCUGCGCUUGUUUCCGUGCCUCAACAAGCAAGCGAAACUGAGACAACGCCACUCGCUGAACCCGAAGAAUCCAUCGUGCAGGGAUCAGAUCCAUCGCCUAGUCCUCAUGUCGCCGACGACGAAGACACGAACGCACGUGAGGAUUCUGACGACGAAGACGACGACGCAAUGGACACGUCUGACGAUGCCACAACUGUCUCUUCCGAGUCUGUCAACGACGAGUACGAACCAGAGUUGGAAUCAGACUCGGCUGCAGAGUCGAUGCUGGAUGGCUUACCUCAACAUUCUCAUGGUGACGUCGAGGUCGCUCUUGAAAACAGUAAUGCGUUGUCAAAUGAGAACAAUGUCGCCUCACCAACGUCACAAAUCGGAAAUGCUAACGCGCAACCAGCUGCACAACAGCAAGACGCACAGAAACAAGAUGUGAGCUUGUCUUUUCUGAAAAACGGUAUCACUAGUUGACUCCUUUACAGCCUGCCGCAACAUCUAUACAUUUCAAGCCCUACGAAAGUCCCUUGUCUCGAUUCAGAGAUUUUCGAUUUCAUCCGGAAUUCCUCAACUCCGUUCCCGGCGGGUACAAAUCCUUGACUUACAGCCAUCAGAUUGAUCCGAACACACCCCUUUGCCCAUUCGAGACUGCUGGUGUCUGCAACGAUCCACAAUGCCCAUAUCAGCACUUUAAGAAUAUGGCGCUCACUGGUUCGUGUCACUUCUGAGAUCCCUUUCUUGGCGUCCUCACAAAUUUAGUGCUGAUCGUGUACUCAUACUAACGCCAACGUACUAAUUCACAGACAAUGUCCUGCUUCGGUCGCUUAGUACUCAU